AUGGCAGAGGCCAGUCUCUCAGUGAAGGAGUUCAUCUGUCCAGUUUGUCUGGAGCUACUGAAAGAUCCAGUGACCGUUGCGUGUGGUCACAGUUUCUGUAAGGUGUGCAUUAAUAGUUGCUGGGAUCAGGAGGAUCUGAAGGGGGUUUAUAGCUGCCCUCAGUGCAGACGCUCCUUCACUCAGAGGCCUGUUGUGGGUAAAAACACCAUGCUGGCUGAAGUGGUGGAGAAACUGAAGAAGACGGAGCUCCACACUGCUUCUCCUGCUGGACCUGGAGAUGUGGAGUGUGAUUUCUGCACUGGGAGAAAACUCAAAGCCGUCAAAUCCUGCCUGGUAUGUCUGGCCUCUUACUGUGAAACUCACCUCCAGCCUCAUUAUCAGUCUCCUGCCUUUAAAAAGCACAAGCUGGUCAAAGCCUCCAGACGCCUCCAGGAGCAGAUCUGCUCUGAGCAUGAGAAACGGCUGGAGGUUUACUGUCGCACUGACCAGCAGUGUAUCUGCAUGCUGUGUACCAUGGAUGACCAUAAAGGACAUGAUACAGUAUCAGUUGCAGCAGGACGAGCUGAGAAACAGAAGCAGUUGGUGGAGACUCAGAGAAAAUAUCAGCAGAAAAUCCAGGAGAGAGAGAAGGAGCUUCAGGAGCUGAAGAAAACUGUGGAGUCUCACAAGAGCUCUGCUCAGGCAGCACUGAAGGACACUGAGAGGAUCUUCGCUGAGCUGAUCUGCUGCAUUGAGAGAAAACGCUCUGAGAUAUCAGAGCUGAUCAGAGCUCAGGAGGAGGCUGCAGUCAGAGGAGCUGAAGGAGUCCUGGAGAGACUGGAGCAGGAGAUCUCUGAGCUGAGGAGGAGAAACACUGAGCUGGAGCAGCUUUCAUUCACUGAGGACCAUCUUCAUUUCCUCCAGAGUUUCCAGUCUCUCUCUGCUCCUCCUGGACCUGCAGUCUUUCCCUCCAUCACUGCCCGUCCUGUCCACUCUUUUGAAAAGGUAGUGAAGUCUGUGUCUCAGCUGAGGGACAAAGUGGUAAAUCUCUGUGAAAGGGAGAUCAGAAAAACAUCACUUCAUGUGAAAGAAAUCCAGAUCACUGAACCCCAAACCAGAGAGGAGUUUCUACACUAUUCCUGUGAGCUCACACUGGAUCCAAACACAGUGAAUAAAUACCUCCGUCUGUCUGAGGGGAACAGAGUGGUGACCUACAGUAACACAGUCCAGCCGUAUCCUGACCAUCCAGACAGAUUUUAUGUCUACCAGGUUCUGUGUAGAGAGAGUGUGAGGGGACGCUGUUACUGGGAGGUUGAGUGGAGUGGGAGUGUGGGAGUUUAUAUUGCAGUGUCAUAUAAAAAUGUCAACAGGAAGGGAGUCAGUACUGAUUGUGUGUUUGGACAUAAUGAUCAGUCCUGGAGUUUAAUCUGUUCUCACUCCAGAUUGUCAUUCAGACACAGUAAUAAAGAGACUGUCCUCCCUGCAGUGCCCAGCUCCUGUAGAAUAGGAGUGUAUGUGGAUCACAGUGCAGGAACUCUGUCCUUCUACAGCGUCUCUGAUACAAUGACCCUCCUCCAUAGAGUCCACACCACAUUCACUCACAGCAUCUACCCUGGGUUUACUGUUGGUUUAAACUCAACACUUAAACUGUGCAGCUCAGAUCAGUAGAUGAAGCUGAAAUAUUCACACCUCAUUUCUCUCCACCACAGCAGACUAUCAGUAAAAUGGAUAUUAUAUAUACAGACUUUAAUUGGUCAAAUUCUAUAUUUUUAACUAAAGUUUUUUCUUCCCUUGAUGCCAACUUAAAACAGGUGUAAUUUUUCCAUUCUGCUGUACAUUUACAGUAAUAAGCUGUAAUUGAAAUAAAAUGGAAGCUACUGUAAAUUCAUCUAUUAAAAAUGUACAUUUUAAUUCGACUAGAUCUAUAAAUAUGUCCCCACGACCCAGAAGGAUAAGCAGCUUAGAAAAUGUGUGUAUGCGUGUGUGUUUAUAAAUAUGUGAAACGUUUUGAUGAACCUUUUUUGAUGAAAUUUAACUAAAGGAAAAAUAAACAAAAAUAAAAUCAAAAAGUUGUAAAUGCAAAUAAACAAUUAAUAAACAGUUUAGCUUUGCUUAAAACUUGCCUGAAUAACAUGUCCAAAAACUCACGUCUGGCAAGAUCAAUAAUCAAUAUAUUAUUUAUAUAUAUA